AUGGUGAUCCUGAAAGAGGAUGGACAGCCUCUCCAAACUGGAACAACAGCACCACCAGCGAAUUGGUCCACCCGCCGUCUGAUGAACUCAGCAGCGCCAUCAACAGGUAUGGUCUGUCACCAAAAGCACUCACAAACUUCUGAACUCAGCUCGGCCAUCAACAGGUUCCAGCCAGCAGGCCUGGUAGAGAGGAUCCAGGCUAUAGCUCAGAACGUGUCCAACAUGGCGGUCCGAGUGGAACAGAUCCUCCAGAACAGCAUGGCCGCCGGCAGAGUGAGAGACGGCUCAUCAGGCCAGUGUGAGGUACCCAGAGAUCCCCGCUACCCAGACUGCCCUGGCAAAGUGGAUUGGAUGCGUGCCCGCUGGACGUCAGACCCGUGCUAUGCCUUCUACGGGGUGGACGGCUCCGACUGCUCCUUCCUCAUCUACCUGAGCGAGGUGGAGUGGUUCUGCCCCCCUCUGGCCUGGAGGAACCACAGCAGCCCCCCCACCGUCCAUACACACACACGCCAGACCGCCACCACCAAGAGACAGGCUGCGUUCCGUACAGACCUGUCAUCUCUGCUGGACCUGGUUGGCACGGGGAAAGAGUCACUGAGCUUCAUGAAGCGCCGCAUGAGGAGGCUGGCGUCACAGUGGGGCACGGCCGCCCAGCGCCUCCACUCCAAGCUGCGCCAACGCUGGAGGGAACAGAAGAAGAUCCUGGUGCACGUGGGCUUCCUGACAGAGGAGUCAGGGGACGUGUUCAGCCCCAAGGUCCUGAAGGGAGGUCCCCUGGGGGAGAUGGUUCAGUGGGCCGACAUCCUCACAGCCCUCCAUGUUCUGGGACACAACCUCAAGAUCUCCAUGUCUGUUAAGGAACUGCAGGGAUUUCUCGGGGUGCCCCCAGGCAGAGGGAGCUGCCCCCUGACAGGACCUCUGCCCUUUGACCUCAUCUACACAGACUACCACGGCAUGCAGCAGAUGAAGCAGCACAUGGGGCUCUCGCUCAAGAGACACAAGUGCCACAUCCGUGUGAUUGACACCUUCGGGACAGAGCCGGCCUACAACCAUGAGGACUACGCCACCCUGCACGGCUACAGGACCAACUGGGGCUACUGGAACCUCAACUGCAGACAGUACAUGACCAUGUUCCCUCACACUCCAGACAACUCGUUCAUGGGCUUUGUCUCUGAGGAGCUGAACGACACCGAGAAGAGUAGCAUCAUGCAGAACAAGGUCAACAACAUGGCUGUGGUUUACGGCAAGGAGGCCAGCAUGUGGAAGCAGGGUAAGGAGGGUUUCCUCCAGAUCCUCCACAGGUACAUGGAGGUCCACGGGACGGUGUACUACGAGACCCAGCGCCCCCCCGAGGUGCCUGCCUACGUCAAGAACCACGGCCUGCUGCCUCAGCACGAGCUGCAGACGCUGCUCCGCAAGGCCAAGCUCUUCAUUGGGUUUGGUUUCCCCUAUGAAGGGCCCGCCCCCCUGGAGGCCAUAGCCAAUGGGUGCAUCUACCUGCAGCCCAAGUUCCACCCACCCCACAGCUCGCUUAAUCACGAGUUCUUCAGAGGCAAGCCAACGUCUCGAGAGGUGUCGUCCCAGCACCCGUACGCAGAGCAGUACAUCGGGCGGCCCCACGUCAUGACAGUAGACUACAACAACUCCCAGGAGUUUGACUCUGCCAUCAGAGAGAUCAUGAGUACCAAGGUCGAGCCAUACCUACCCUAUGAGUACACCUGCGAGGGAAUGCUGGAGAGGGUACACGCCUACAUACAGCAUCAGGACUUCUGUACCCCCGAGGCCCCCUUCCCUCCGGCCAACUCCUCCUCCAAGCUGGGGCUUAGUAGUCCGGCUAGCCCUGGGCCUCAAUUUGUCCUGCUGCCCAACUCCAGUGCCCUAACCUGGGCCCCCAACGCCAACGCCCCCCCUGCCUGGCCCCCCCUCAGCUCCCUGAGGCUGCUGGCAUCCCAGGAGGGCCAAUCGUGUGUGGAGGCGUGCCAGCGUGCCAACCUGGUGUGUGAGCCCGCGUUGUUCCGCUUCGUCAACAACAAGGAGGCCCUCCGCGGGUUAGAGGUGCAGUGUGAGGUGGUGGAGGCGGAGGUCAACCACGUGUUCCCGGCCUUCUCCGUCCUACGCCGGGAGUGCGGCCUCCAGAAGGACCCCCUCCUCUACAGCUGUGCCGGCCUCAGCCCAAAGUACCGCCGCCUCUGCCCCUGCCGGGACUACCGUCGCGGCCAGGUUGCCCUCUGCCGAGACUGCUUAUGAGGAGGGGCCGGGAGUUUUUCCAAUGAACGCCUAACCCAGCUAAGUGGCUAGGAAAAACUCCAGGCGAUCUAGUUAUAGCCUAUGAAUUGUAGACUAUAAACUAUGGACUAUAAAAUGAACCGGCCCUGGUUUUGAUGCUAGGAGAGGGGAUGGCUAAAGCCGAAGGA